UCUUCAAAAUAGGACAGGUUAUCUUGCAUCGCAGCGUUAUCUCCCGUGGGAUAGUGUGGUAAAGGCAUUGUUCUUUGUACCAUUAAUUCUCCUAUCGGUACCAUUCAUCUUUUUACAUUUUUUACAGCUAUUACAUUUCAGUGCCUUUAUUUUAGAAUGUGCUCUGCUCUUAACCAGUCUCCUAGUAACAUUAUAUUCGACUACGAUCAGAAUCGUCGAAAUGUGGCUAGUAGUGGUGCAACUUCAGUGUUUAUAGCUACAUUAAUGUAUGUGAAACAUGGUUUUUAAUGUUUUUGUUUCAGCAGGUGUCAGUCGGUCAGUUAGUCAGUCUAGACAAAAACAACACAGCCGCGUUCAUCACAUAGGCUACAGACAUUUUUGGCAUUCAGCCUGAGAAUGAUGGCAACGUCAGAUUAAAUUCUGCAGUAUUAAUCGUAGUGCCAUCGCAGAGCAUAUUUGGAUUACGCUGCAGCACGAAGGGUGGUCAGAUAGCUGCCAUUUUAUCGGUUUCGGUCGUGAUGAGGUUGAGGAAGUGCUGACACUCGGAUACCAAUCGUUUGAGACGCACAAGGCUUCCCCGAGGCGUGAGAACCAUGUCUAUGGUGAGCACUACGAACAACCACGCCGAAGCUACCAUGGAUGAUGCUAUUGGGGUCUUGUAUACGAAUCCACUAGACGACUAUGAACUGAUCCAUAGGAUUGGGAGUGGGACAUACGGUGAUGUUUUCAAGGCUCGCGAUGUCAAAACAUCUGUCAUUUCAGCCAUCAAGGUCAUCAAGCUUGAUCCUGGGGAAGAUUUAUCAAGUAUCCAGCAGGAGAUCACCAUGAUGAAGGAAUGUACUCACAAGAACAUUGUGGCCUACUUUGGCAGCUAUCACAGAAACAACAAGCUUUGGAUUUGCAUGGAAUUCUGUGGGGGAGGGUCCUUGCAAGACAUUUACCACGUGACUGGACCCCUGAAGGAGAGACAGAUUGCGUACGUGAGUCGGGAAACACUACAGGGGCUGCACUAUCUGCACCAAAUGGGAAAGAUGCACAGAGACAUUAAAGGAGCUAACAUUCUCCUGACCGAGCGAGGAGACGUCAAACUGGCGGAUUUUGGGGUAGCAGCUGAGAUUAAUGCUUCGGUCUCAAAGAGGAAGUCUUUCAUUGGGACACCCUACUGGAUGGCCCCAGAGGUGGCUGCAGUGGAAAAGAAGGGAGGGUACAACCAGCUGUGUGAUAUCUGGGCGGUGGGCAUCACCGCCAUCGAGCUGGCCGAGCUUCAGCCGCCCAUGUUCGACCUGCACCCCAUGAGAGCCUUAAUGGUCAUGUCCAAGAGCAGCUUCCAGCCACCCAAACUCAAGGAGAAGACCAAAUGGUCAGCUGAGUUUCAUAAUUUUGUGAAGGCGGCGCUGACCAAGAGCCCACGCCGCAGACCAACAGCCGAAAAACUCUUACAGCAUGCAUUUGUCACUCAGCUGUUGACUCGGACCCUGGCCAUCGAGCUGCUGGACAUGGCCAACAACCCUGACCUGCAGACGACACUCACCAUGGACGAAAGUGACCUUGAGACCUGCAGUGCCUUCCCGGAUAAGAUCCAGUCGUUGGGGAAACACCUGCUUGUCCAGAGGACCCAGUCGGAGGAGCAGUUUGAUCACAUGAAAUUUGGACCUCCCAUAAGGAAAGAGACUGAUCCCACCCCUGACCUGGCCCUGUAUGAUGAAUGGAGUACCAUUGGGGUCAGCAAGGACUCCCCGAGUUUGUUGGAAAGUGUUGAGGAGGCAUUGCAGAGAAGUCUAACCAUCAAGAGGGCUCUGCCUGCUGGAGGGAAUGCAAAUGAUUCCCCAGGCUCUGAUGAUGAGGACAAAUAUGGCACUGUGAAGAGAGGCACCGUGGUGUCAGAGUUGUCCUCCACGUCCUCCGUCUCCUCCUCCAUCACCUCCAUCUCCUCCACCCCGCUCAACGCUAAGACCCCGGGCAGCGCUCCGGCUCCCCUCCUGGACGAGUCGCCCCUCCUGGGUGGCUCGGGCCUCUGUGACCUCUCGCUCUCGCUGCUGGCCGGCUCGGAGCUCUUCUCCGACUCGGCGCUCUUCUCCGAGUCCUCGAUGAGUCUCAGCUCGCUGCUCUCCUCCCCCACGGAAGGGGGCGGUGUUCCCAAGGAGCCGGGGGGAAAAACGGGGAGGGACGCGCCUCCGACUCGCCAGCCUCCUCUGUCGCCAGAAUGGAGCACGCUUCGCAGGAAGACCGAGGAGUCGAGGUCUGACUCCCACGGGCUCCCCCCUACACCCCACGUGCACAUGGGAGCCUGUUUCUCUAAGGUGUUCAACGGUUGUCCCCUGAAAACCCAUUGUGCUGUGACGUGGGUUUUACCAAAGACCAAAGAUCAGUACCUCAUCCUGGGAGCAGAGGAGGGAAUAUACACCCUCAACCUCCACGAGCUCCACGAGGACACCAUGGAGAAGCUCCUUCCCCAGAGAUGCACCUGGCUGUAUGUCAUGAACAAUGUGCUGAUGUCUGUUGCAGGUGACCUUGCCUCUGAUUGGUUCACAGGCAAGUCCUCGCAGCUCUCCUCCCACAGCCUCCCGGCACUCUUCGAUGAGCGGCGAAACAUGCAGAGGAGGCAGGGCCACCUGUCCAUCAACGCACACCGCCUCAGCACCAGGAUCAACUCCAAGAAGUACUCCAUGUCUGUGAAGAUACCAGACACUAAAGGCUGCCGUGGGUGUCGUGUAGUGCGUAACCCCUACACAGAUAGCACCUUCCUUUGUGCCUUGGUGCCUUCUGGUUUAGUUCUUCUUUUGUGGUAUGAUCCGCUGCAGAAGUUUAUGCAACUUAAGCACAUAGCGAUGAGUUUGCCCGAGUCGCUGCCCAUCGUUGAGCUCCUGGUGGUGGAGAGCGAGGAGCUGCCGCUGUUGUGUAUAGGGGUCAAAGGUCACUCGCCACACACAGCACACACUAACGGGCAGCUGAAGUUUGACCUCAUCCGCCUGGACGAUACCCCUCAGGACAAGCCAGAUGGCGAAUCUCUCAGUGUGCAGCAGGUAACUCAGCUGGACAGAGACACCGUUCUGAUUGCACUGGAAAAAACUGUGAAAAUUGUGGAUCUACAGGGAUGUCCCAUCAAAAACAUGGCCUCAGCGCUCACCUUUGAUUUUUCCAUUGAGACUUUGGUGUGUUUGCAGGACAGUGCCCUUGCCUUCUGGAAACAUGGACUCGGUGGGAGGAGCCUCUGUAAGAAUGAGGUAACGCAGGAGAUAACAGACAAAAGUCGCAUAUUCAAAGUCUUAGGGACAAAUAGGGACAUCAUUCUCCAGAGCACACCCACAGAGGAUCCAUCCGCUGCCAGCAACCUGUACAUCCUCACAGGCCAUGAGAGCAGCUACUGAGAGGAACACACAGGGGAUUUGGACUCGGGACCGGGACAUAGUCUCCACACACCCACGGAGGAUAUGAAGACCAGCCCUUAGAUGGUCGUCCUUCAGAAAGCAGAGGGGAUAGUGAUGGAGCAACGCUGUGAGCUACAGCAGAGAG